AGGUUUGUAAACAAACAGCAGACCACAGACAAGCUGAUUAAAUGGCUGACAAAUUAUCAGACAGUACACUCAGGUAACCCUCAUGAGCCCAAAACCUCUCUCUGCUGUCUUAAAGAAGCUGAUUAGACGUCUCUAUCUGAAUGACUUCCCCUGUGGAAAUGGCCCUUGGAGACCGACCAAAGAUGAUCCAGAUGGAAUAGAAAAAGAGUCAAUAGAUGACCUCUUGUAUCUGCUAAGGUGCCCUCACUCUCCAUGGAGGCACGAAGAUGUAUCCUGGAGUCCUCAAGCUUCAGAGCUGAGAGAGCUGGCUGUGCUAGAACCAAGCUGCCUGAACACCGAUUUCAUACAUAAUUACUUUACUACACUAACAAUCCGUGGUAGGGAUGUAUUAGCUAUUGACAGUGGCUUGUUGAAGUUCUCAAAGCUGGAGGAACUGAUCCUGAGUGUCAACCUAAUCUCAGAAAUUCCUACAGAGAACCUUCCCAGCACAUUAAAGGUUUUGGAGUUACGUGCAAAUCGAUUGUCUUCGUUGAGCGGCCUCACAAACCGUCCGCCUCCUCAGCUGCAGUACCUUAGCCUUGCAUCAAACAGUCUGGGUUCCCAUAAAGACAUUCGUCAUCUUACAGGAAGACACUGGCCCCAGCUGGUGUGUUUGGACCUCAGCGACUGUGAGUUUCAGGAGCAGCGCAGCCUGCUGACCGCUUUAAAAACACUCCCACGCCUCAGGACUCUGUUGCUUAAGGGAAACCCCUUCACGCUGGCACCGGCAUAUCCAGGUUUUACUGUGGACAGUCUUCCACAGCUUUUGUGCUUAGACGCCUCGUGGAUCUCCUCGCCGGAAACAUAUCGGUUCCGCGGCUUGGCCAAAAUGGAUGAUCUGAUAGAGGAUGUGGCAUCAGUCACAGUGAGUCUGAGCUGGUUGCGGGGAAUACCAGACCCUCUGAUGAUUGUGGAUAAAAAGGCCAAAUUCCCAGUCAUCACUUACAGAUACUUCAUUUCAUACCAGUUCCUUAGUAAUCAUACAUCUGAUAAUCAGGGGGAUGAUAGUGAAUCUAAACUUGAAGCAGCGUCCCAUGUAACAGAGGAUGAGUCGAUCAGGUCUGACCUACAACCGAAUGUUGAAAGACAGGUGUCCAUACUGGAUACUAGAGUCUCUGCAGUCAGUACCAAUGAAACUAUUUGUGAAGCUGCACACCUAUCACAAUACAGAACAUCAAAACUGACAUGGUCAGACUACAUGAACUUAAGUUACACACUAACACACACUGUCAGCUCACUGGGAGACCUGAAGAGGUUCUUUAAUCAAGGGCUUUGUCUCAACCUAGAGGAGGAAAAGAUUCUGUCAUGGCCAGCAGCCGCUGAAGAUGUCCCGCUGGUCAAACCCAGCCUAACAUCGAAAGGGAAAAAAGGCAAGAAAGAAGAACAGGUCAAACCAGCUCCUACUAAAGAUAAACCUAAAGACAAAAAGAGCAAAUGUGCCCCAGGGCUGGUCGAAGAUCCCCCUAUCAGAAGAGUACUCGCUUCUGCACAAGUCCUAUUGCAAAGCCUGGUCCAGGGGAACCAGAGGGUCUCUGUUGUCUGUGACCUUCGUCCCCUAAAUGCAGACUCUGAGGUGGAGGCUGCACAAACACAGAAGGAUCUUGAAAGGAAACUGAAUGGGGACAAAAAGGAGGAAGACAAGAAACCAAAACCAGGAGAAGGCAGGAGUGCAGCACAGAGAAAUUCAAUGGCUUUAAAAGCAGGAAAGCAUAAAGAUACAAGGAAACCUGACGUGGAUGACCCGACAAGCCUGUCUGUACCGGUCCAACAAGAACCAGUAACUGUGGAACUGUGUGUGGAGCUGGAGAAAUGGAGGACAGCAUCUGAAGCUCAUCGUCUCAUAACGCCUGCACAAAAUGUUUAAACCACAGGGCUGAAGUUUGACCUAAAGUGAAUGCAUACAUAAAAUAAAAUAUAAAAAUGUUCAAGCCAUGAGACUUCAGUGGACAACCAAGUA